UAUUGUGUUAUCCCCUCUACACCACGAUUUGGCGUGAUUCGCGUUCCGAAUCUGGCAUCACUUCGAUCUUCGAUACCUAUCGCAUACGCGAGACCUUUGCGGUUUGCGGUUUCAUGUUCGCGUCUGUCAUGUCGUGGUCGUGGUCAAUAUUUCGGUCACGGUUCGUGGACAGGAUCGAUAGCUGCUCGCGAAGAAUAUUCAUGUAAAAUAGAAACAUUAUGAAAAUGCACGACAAUAAUACAACUAUUUCGCUAAGAAAUCCAAGUCGAAUUCGACAUUAUAAAUAUCAGAAAUCAGAAAUGCGUCAGUAAGUUUUCGCUCUACCUGCGGAAAAUUCGCAGGGUAUAACUCUGCAGAGGAGUUGUCAGACUGAUCGGAUCCUGUUGAUGGAAAAAAUCUUUCGGAAAGCAUGAAAUGCGAAGAAACAGCCUUAAGAAUAACACAAUUAGUCCAUUGACGCAAAAAAUAAAGGCUCCUCAACAUCUGCUGAGAUUUAAAGAUGAAGAGGAUGGGUUUGAUAACGAAUGGAGCGGUCGCUUCCGGCUGCCUAGUUUAUCGCGGCAGAAAUCAUGGAAGGAUGAUGAUGAUAUCCUGUCUAAUGGAAAUAGUGCGGCAACAUCUAUUUCUUGGUCGCAGGAGAUGGAAGAUACAGCGACCCAGAAAUUUGAAGAACAGUGGACAAAUGUGGAAAGGACCUUCUACGAGGAAGAGGAUGAUCAACUGCUUCAGGGAUCCAUUUUGGACGAAUGUAUACAAUGGAGAACACAGAUACCAUAUAUGAGAAUAAUUGGCAAAAAUCCAACUUGUACCAAUAACAACAGUACACAGCAUGAUAUUGACUCCAAUGAUGAGAGGAUGAAAAGAUUCGAUACUCUACAAAAUGACAAAAUAUCCAUGGAACACAAUCUUUCAAUAAAGGAAGGAGAGGAUUCUAUGCAAUACAAAUUAAAUAAAGCGAAAUUUGAAGAUGUUCUUGAUAUGCUGAUGGAAUAUGUAAUCGCAGAGGUCAUUCCUAAUAAGGAGAAUGAUACAGAUUUAUGCGAAAGUCUAAGUGAUGCUCUAAAAAUAGCUCCUGCUCCUGUUCAUGGCAACAGAAAUUCCUCGAGAAACUCAAAAACAAAUUGGGCAGAAGAAGCAAUUUCUCCUAAUUAUAUCGAGAAUAAAUCUUUAAGUAUACGAAAUCGAUUGCUGGAUACAGGAAGCUCUCUUCAGACAAUAAAAAAUGAUAUAAAUUAUCAAGAAGUUCAAAAAGAACAGCGAAAAUCAAUUUCUGCAAAUAAACCAAGAGACUUUGAUAAUAAAAAAGAUGAUGAUACAUCGAGACCCAAGGAGAGAUUGUGUACACCACAUAUAGGCAGAAAUAAGCUUGGCACUAUCUUCAAUGAGAGGAUUGUUGUGAGCCCUGUGCCCUUUGCAGUAUCCACACGAGAAAGCUUCUCUACUUUAAAUACUAUUCCCAUUAGAUUUAUCAAUGAAGAUUUCGAAAUUUCCUCCUUUCAAGGUAGUUUCCAUGGUUCUGCGACAAGAUCAAGCGCUUUAAGAAAUUCAAAUAUUCAUUCCGCCUGGCAAGCUCCUGUCUGUCCUACUGUUUGGCCGAAAAAUAUCCGACUCGCGCCCAUAGACACUUCGAGACUUCCUAGUAACAAAAAUAGGUUAUUGGCACCGUCGCCCGCUAUCUUACACUGCAACAGGAAACCACUGAGUCCGAUUUCCAAGAUACCGAAAUCCGCUCACACGAUUCGCGAUCGUUUGGAGAUUCAAGGAAAACACAUCAUUCCUUCGCAAUCAAAAAUCAGUUUGCUCUCAGCUGGCUGGGAUCAUAGUUCCAGAAUGAUCAAGAGCAAGAAAAAGAAACGGGCAACGGAAGGUUCUUGAAAAAAAAAGAAAAAUGCUUAAUGCAAUAAAGUUGAAAGCGCUUUAAACACUUGCUUAUAAGAAAUAUAUUUUUCUAAAAUGUGUCGUGUUAUGUCUUAUUCUGUGUCUAUAAGGAAACCGAAAAGUACAAAACAUGCUGCUUCGACGCGUUCGGUUUCGUAACAGGAUAACGCUUGGAGCACAGCAGAAAACGCUUUAAAAACGAAGUAUAUAUGUAUACAAAUAUAUUUAUUGUCUAUAUUUAUUGUCUAUAAUGUUAUUGUAUAUAAUUUACGGAAAGUAAUCAUUGCAAUUAUACACACAUACAUGCAAUGAUGUGCGAUUUUUAAAUAUGGGUGUUCCAUAAAUGAUAAAUCAUGACUAUUUCUACCUCACCACGUGUCCGUGUUGUUCGAGUGUUAUUCUACACGCUUAUCGCGAGUGGAUAUAUUUUUGUAUAUGUCGCACAAUAUUAUGUAUUGUAAAUAUAUUGGUAGUGAUAUAUA